AUGGGAGAAAAAAGUGCAGAACAAGGUGACAGCCAUUCCCUAGAAACUGCUAAUACACAGCAAAGAAAUGAGGAAGCUGCUAUACAAAAAGAACACAGUAAGGAUUAUGUAGAAAUUGAAGAGCAGCCUAAAAUGCAAACAACAGCCAGCAAUGGACAAGAGAGCCGAACAUACACACCAUCACCUCCUUUUCCACAAAGAAUAAAAAGAAAGAAAGAGGAAGCCCAUUUUGAGAAGUUUAUGGAUAUUCUGAAGGAGAUUCAUAUAAACAUACCACUAGUGGAAGCUUUGAAGCAAAUGUCAAAUUAUGUGAAGUUCUUGAAGGAUUGCAGUGCAAUAUUGAAGAACAAGAUCCCUUUAAAGGAGAAAGAUCCUGGAUCGUUCACUAUUCUUGUAUCAAUUGGAGGAAAGGAGCUAGGAAGAGCAUUAUGUGACUUGGGAGCAAGCAUCAACUUAAUGCCUCUAUCUAUUUACAAGAAGUUGGGGAUUGGAGAGGCUAGACCGACUACAGUCACCUUACAACUAGCCGAUAGGCUCAUCACUUAUCUCGAAGGAAAGAUUGAAGACAUCUUAAUUCAAGUUGACAAAUUCAUAUUUCCUACAGAUUUUAUCAUUUUAGAUUAUGAAGCUGAUCAUGAUGUUCAAAUUAUUUUGGGAAGGCCAUUUUUAAAUAUCGGAAGAACAUUAGUAGAUGUCUACAAAGGAACCAUCACGUCAAGAAUGGGUGACCAAAAAUUUGAAUUUAAUAUCAAUGACAGCAUGAAAUAUCCCACAGUGACAGAAGAAUGCUCAGUAGUGUAUGAAUUGACAGAACAACCAGCGACCGAGGAAUGGGAUGAUAGGGAAAGCGAGCAGGAAGAAGACAACAGCUGGAAUGACAUAAUAGAAUAG